AUGGAGAUCUCGGUACCGCUGAACCUCAUGCCGCAGUCUCGGCCGCCACCCACAACUGCACCAUCUAGGCGGCGAGACGCAGGACCAGCGCCACGUCGUUUCAACACCGCUGCCCCUGCGAUCUCUCAACAGGCAUUACAGACCCGAAACUUGACACCGCCACGAUCUAUGUACAUGGGGCCCAAGCCACCUAAGAAGGCGCAUACAAAUUCGUGGAGAAUGACACGCGAGUUCGACGAGACUUUUCGAUCAUACAACCAACGAGGGAUAUCCAAACCUGAGCCUGCAACUGUUCCUGAGACUCAGCUUUACGGGCAGGGACCAAUUCGACAGCGUGAGCUACUGCAGAGGACCCAACCCGACCUGAGCAGAGGACUCGCCAGCAUGGAUGACUCGAGAGUGACCGUGCAUAUCGGACUUGAUCCCGACCAUGCGAUCCGAAGGCCAUGGACGCCAGAUUACAGCAGACCUUCGAGUCCGAACAAGGAGGAAAAGUCCGUACCAACAGAGGCCCAGAGACCACCGACACCGCCGGAGUUUCCAGAUACGAAUCGACUUGAAUAUUCUCCAGAGUGGAUCACCGAGGAACCAAGGGAUAUGGUUGGGAGAGAAUCUCAUAACACAGAUCCAGACUAUGACAUUUACGCCUCCAAGGACGACCCAUCUAACGAGACGGUCCCAGCUGCAGAGACUAUAACGGUGGAGGACGCUGAGGCUUCAAUGUUCGAGAGGCCACGGCAAGUGCCAUACAACCACCGAGAGACCAUGUCUGUCGUGAAGGAAGAUAUCAGCUUUUUCAUGUCCCUCGUAGGUGGUGCGGAACCGCCGCCGGCAACGGUCGAGACGCAAACCAUCAUCGCGGAGGAGCAAGAUGACCGCAGGCGGAGUGAGGAUGAAGAACUUCGAGAGUCAUCUUCACGACGACAGGAGGAACUGGAGACUACGCAGAGUGAUUUGGACUUCUGGUUGUCACUUAUGCAGAGGAGAUAA